AUGAAAGAAAUCGUUUUUGAUGAUAAGGAAAAUCAGAGUCAACCCUUCGUCAGAGUCAGAGUCAUAUUUGAUGUGGCUAAACCUUUACCGCGGUCUAAACUCAUCAUUCUUCCGGAUGGAGGAGAGACGACGGUUUUCUUCUACUAUGAACAGCUACAGAAGAGAUGUUUCAGUUGUCAUCGGCUUAAUCAUGAAAAGGAUAUUUGUCCUAUUUUGGUCAAAGCACGACAGGAUCAAGCAGCGUCUAGAAGAAGCAGAGUGGUGGCGGGGAAGAAGGAAGCAGAUCAGAUCAUCAAAAUUUCAGAUCCUCUUUUUGGUGUUUUGAGUGAAGAGCAGGUUGGAAUAAACCCCAACACAGGCAAGCUAAAGAUAAAUCCUGAAGUCUUAGAAGACCUGAGACGUUAUCUUGUAGCAAACAAUGGUGACGAUAUCGAUGUGAAGAAAGAACGGGUCCAAAACCCCAUUGCUCAAGUGGAGAAGGAUCCCUAUGCUCAGAAGGUAGUGCUCAGGUUGGAGACGGCUCCAGUGGUGUCAAGAGACGUAAAUAAAGGAAAAGGCAUCGUCUUUGAUUAUCAGAAAGCGGACCUGACAACUGAGUUGGGGUCAGAAAACAAAUUAAUGGCUGCUGCGGUUGAUUCUGGAUAUCUAAAGAGUGGAUGCUUUGGCCCUGAUGAUCUUCGUGCACGUCUGGAAUCUCGGAAAGAGUUAAAAUCAGGUUUUCACGGAUCAGGUGACCUUACGGAACAUGGUUCUGGCUUCUCUGAGGCUGGUCCAUCCGGAGUCAUUAGGUCCAAAGGAAAAGCAAGGAAGAGACAAGUAAAGAGAUUGAGAAAACUGAAUCAGUUGAAGGAAGGUUUCCUUGGUCCAGCUCCGGAGAUAAAGAAAAAUGGAAAAGGUGUGGGGCGGCCUCAUGAAUUGACGAUUCCGCGCCUAAAGGAAUUGCGUAAAAAACACUUCCCAGAGGUAAUGUUCUUGAUGGAAACAAUGAAUGGUAGAGAUGUGUUGGUUGAUCUGCAGGAAUGGUUAGGAUACAAAAGAGUGUAUACAGUGGAGCCUGUGGGUACUUGUGGUGGCUUGGCUCUGUUUUGUAAGAAUGGUGUAGAUAUCGUGGUGUUGGCUGAAAACAAAAAUCUGAUGGAUCUUCAUGUACAGUAUGGUGAUGUGUCCUUCUUUGCUUCUUGUGUUUAUGGGGCUCCGGAUAAGAGAAAGAGAGAUGAAGUCUGGGAGCAACUCUCGAGGAUUGGUGUAAAUAGGAAAGAGAGUUGGUGUAUGGUUGGAGACUUCAAUGAAAUCACGAACAAUGGAGAAAAGUUUGGGGGUCCAAAACGAAGUGAGAAAUCUUUCCAAUCUUUUGUAGAUAUGUUAAACGUGUGUGAGAUGUCGGAACUAGUCAGUCAAGGAAACGGGUUCACAUGGGGUGGAAUGCAUUAUGCUCAUUGGGUGCAAUGUCGUCUAGACAGAUGUUUUGGAAAUAAAAGUGGUUUCUUCAAUUUCCAGCGUUAA